AUGACCGCGAGAUAUGAUAGGGCGAUUACGGUGUUUUCUCCAGAUGGACAUUUAUUCCAAGUCGAAUAUGCUCAGGAGGCUGUCAAAAAGGGAUCAACUGCUGUUGGUGUAAAAGGUGCAGAUUGUGUAGUGCUUUGUGUAGAGAAGAAAGCUACAACUAAGCUCCAAAACGAUAGGACCGUUCACAAAAUCUCUCUUCUUGACGACCAUAUUGCGGUCGCUUUUGCAGGCCUUACGGCUGAUGCAAGGAUUCUUAUUGAUAGGAUGCGCAUUGAGUGCAAGAGCUACCGUUUGACGGUUGAAGAUCCUGUUUCUGUGGAAUAUAUUGCUCGACACAUGGCUCAGUUGAAACAGAAGUACACCCAAAGCAAUGGCCGUAGACCGUUUGGAGUGUCCACGCUCUUGUGCGGUGUAAAUCAGGAUGGUUCAACUCACCUUUACCAGACUGAUCCUUCAGGAACCCAUUUCGAGUGGCUGGCGAAUGCAAUCGGAAAGAACUCAAAGGCUGCGCGUGAGUUCUUAGAGAAAAAUUACUCAGAAGCUGCCGUCACAACACAGGAAGGUGCUAUCAAACUGGCCGUUAAGGCUUUAUUUGAAGUUGUACAGACCGGUGCAAAGCACAUGGAACUGGGAGUAAUGAAGCGACGGCCCGACUGCAAACCCGGAGAGUCCAUUGCAGAAUGGAAGAUGCUUACGUCGGAGGAGAUUGAGGAAUACGUGAAGGCUAUUGAGCGGGAGCGUGAGGAGGAGACGGAAAAGAAAAAGCAGAAGAAGGAUGCUUCUGCUGCCGGCAGUAGCUAUUAG